CGCGGAGGCAGGCCGCCGGCGAUCGUGGCGCAGUUGGCACGAGGCGCGCCGGGCCGACUGACCUGCUGCGGUCUUAGCGACGGCCAGACCGCUCCCCCGCGCACCGCUGGGGUGCACGUCACGAAAGGAGGACGUCAAACUUGGACAGACCAUGCAUCUACCGCAAGGACUCCUCUUCGUGGGGGCGCUAUGUCUUCUGGCGGGCUGCGCGGCGUCGGAAGGUGGCCACUGCCUCUGGUACGGCAUCUGCGGACCGGCCACCCUGUUCGGCGCUCACUCAAACUGUCCGUACACCGGACCAGCGAAGCAGCUGAACGACCAGGCGUCGAUCGACAUACUCCUGGACGUCUGUCCGUUCUUGUUCGAGAAAGAGAACCUGACCUUGCCACCGACGUUGUGCUGCGAUGAGAAGAACAUCAAGGAGAUGGCCGACUCCCUACAGCUGGCCGCCUCCCAGUUCUCCCGCUGCCCAAUCUGCUACUACAACCUCCGCAAGUCCAUCUGCGAGAUGUCGUGCUCGGCGGAGCAGUCUUCGUUCAUGAACGUGACGGCCACGGCCUUCACGGCGGACGGUGUGGAAUACCUGACGAACGUGGACUACUACAUCGACGAAAGCUACACCACCGGCACAUUUGACAGCUGCUCCAAGGUCCUGUACCCGCAAACGAACGCGCCAGCCAUUGCCAACUUGUGCGGGGAGUGGGGAUGGUACCGGUGUACACCAGAAAGGUUCUACGAAGCCUUGGGAGACAAUAUCUACGCACCAUUUAUCAUCACGUACAAGAUCGGGACGGAUUCAGAUGACGUGGCCCCCUACCAUUAUCUAAAGAUGGAAGCGCAAACCUGUGACACGAACACAACUUCAAACACAGGGAAGCCGGUGGACUCCUGCGCCUGCACGGACUGCCCGCGCGCCUGUCCGGUGGCGCCACCUAUACCGCCGCCGGCCGGCGACUGGAUGGUCAGCUUCGAGGUGACGAUGUACGGCUCGGAGGCGGUGAUGCUGAUCGUCUUCGUGGCCCUGGCCCUGAUAUUCAUCGUCGCGUGCUCCAUCUGGCGGUGCAGAACCACCGCAGCUCCGGUGACUCCAGCCGCCGCCGCCGCCGCCGCCGCCUCCUCCGAGCAGCUGGUCAGCGAGCCGUCCUGUCUGGAGCGUUGGGGCGCUGUCAUGGACCGCAGCUUGGUCAGCUUCUUCAGAACACUGGGCACAUUCUGUGCCAGUCACCCGGUGCCGACGCUACUGAUCGGCCUAGUCACGACCGUGGCGCUGUCGGCGUGUGUGCUGACGCUCAACAUCACCACGGAUCCGAUCGAGCUCUGGGCGGCGCCCACCAGCCGGUCUCGCCUCGAGAAGGACUACUACGACGAGCACUUCGGGCCCUUCUACCGCACCGAGAUGCUCAUCAUCCGUGCCAAGGACCUGGAGCCGUUUAACCACUCAUCCAGCACCGGUUUGGUUGAGUACGGACCUGCCUUCCAUAAGGAGCUACUGCUGGCCGCCAUGGACCUGCAGAUUUACAUCACCAAUAAUGUCACCGGCAAGUACCAGAACGAGACGGUGCACCUGGAGGACAUCUGUUUCCGACCCAUGUACCCGGACAACUCGUACUGCACCAUCCAGUCGGUGGCGGAAUACUUCCAGGACGACCCGGUCGCGUUCAACUACACCAACCAGGACGGCGACGUCACGUUCAACUACCUCGACCACAUCAAGUACUGCUUGCUCAACCCCACCGAUCUUGGCGACCAGGACUUCAACAGUCAACCUUGCAUGUCCAAGUGGGGUGGCCCCAGCUUCCCGUACACGGCGGUCGGUGGUUUCCUGGGCGAGGGGCAGACGCUCGGGGAGGACGUCAACUACCUGAACGCCACGGCGCUGCUGAUCACCUUCCUGGUGCACAACGAGUACGACGCGUCCCAGCUGGGCCCGGCCUUGGCCUGGGAGCAGGCGUUCCUGGACUUCAUCGGCAGCUACAGCCAUCCGAACAUGGACAUCGCCUACAUGGCCGAGCGCUCCAUCGAGGACGAGAUCGCGCGCGAGUCCGAGUCGGACACGUCCACCGUGCUCAUCUCGUACCUCAUCAUGUUCGCCUACAUCAGCAUCGCGCUCGGACAGUACAACGGCUCCAGUCGUCUGCUGAUCGACAGCAAGAUCACGCUGGGCCUGGGCGGCGUCAUCAUCGUCCUGCUCUCCGUCAUGGCCUCGCUGGGCGUGUACGGCCUGGUCGGCGUUUCCGGCACGCUCAUCGUCAUCGAGGUCAUCCCAUUCCUGGUGCUGGCCGUCGGCGUCGACAACAUCUUCAUCCUGGUGCAGGCGUACCAGCGCGAGAGCCAGCGGCCGACCGAGUCGCUCGAGCAGUUCAUCGGACGGGUCGUGGGCGAGGUGGCGCCCUCCAUGCUGCUCUCGUCCACCUCCGAGUCGGCCUGCUUUUUCCUCGGGGCGCUGAUCGACAUGCCGGCCGUGCGCUCGUUCGCGCUGUUCGCCGGCCUCGCGCUGCUGUUCGACUUUCUGCUGCAGAUCACGUGCUUCGUGUCGCUACUCACGAUGGACGCCCGCCGACAAGACGCCAACCGGUUUGACAUCCUGUGCUGUGUGCGCGGCUCCAAGAAGAGCGGCGAGCGCCAGGAGGGCAUCCUGUACCGGCUGUUCAAGAACCUGUACGCGCCAAUGCUGAUGCGGCCGGCGGUGCGCGGAACCGUUAUCAUCGCCUUCUUCGGCUGGCUCUGCUCCAGCAUCGCCGUGGUGCCCUACGUCGACGUCGGGCUGGACCAGGAGCUCUCCAUGCCGCAGGACUCCUACAUGCUCAAGAUGUUCAAGUACCAGCAGGACUACCUCAGUGUUGGGCCGCCCGUCUACUUCGUGGUGCGCGAUGGUCUCAACUACAGCGACGAGCGGGUGCUGAACCGCAUCUGCUCGACCGUCAACUGCGACGGCAACUCCAUCGGCACGCAAAUCGCGCUGGCCGCCCAGCAGCCGGCCAGGACAUACGUAGCCAGUCCAGCGAGCAACUGGGUGGACGACUUCUUCGACUGGUGCACCUUCGGUUAUGAGCACGGCAAGCCCGGCUCCGGUCCCAGCUGUUGCUAUCGUAACAAGACCGACGACGGCUUCUGUCCCUCCAUGAGGGGAAAUAAGCUCGAUAAGGACUGCCAGAAAUGCCAAAUGGGUUUCACGGACAACCUUCGUCGGCCUGACCAGGAGUCGUUCCAAGCAUACAUCUCAUUCUUCCUCAACGACAACCCGGGAGAGACCUGUCCCAAGGGUGGGCACGCCGCAUACGGAGACGCGGUGAAUGUCGUCAAGGAUGCGGACAACAAGACCAACGUGGGUGCGUCCUACUUCAUGGCCUACCACACCAUCCUGAAAACGUCCGUGGACUUCUACAGCGCGCUAGAGUGGGCGCGCAACAUUACCGACGGCAUGACCCGGGCGCUGAACGAAGCGUCAGGCGGCACCAGCCAGCAGCAGGUGUUUCCCUACAGUGUAUUUUACGUCUUCUACGAGCAGUACCUGACCAUGUGGGCGGACGUGCUGCGCUCACUCGCCAUCUCAAUCGUCACCAUCUUCCUCGUCACCUUCUUCCUGAUGGGGCUCGACUUACACUCGGCGCUGAUCGUGUUGGUGAUGAUCCUGCUCAUCAUCACCAACCUGCUCGGCCUGAUGUACUGGUGGGAUAUCUCGCUCAACGCCGUCUCCCUCGUCAACCUGAUCAUGGCGGUGGGCAUCUCGGUGGAGUUCUGCAGCCACAUCACGCGCGCCUUCGCCGUCUCACUGAAGCCGAGCCGGGUGGAGCGGGCCAGUGAAGCGCUCACCAACAUGGGCUCCUCGGUUCUUAGCGGCAUAACGCUCACCAAGUUUGGCGGGAUCGUUGUCCUGGGAUUCGCCCAAUCACAGAUCUUCCAGAUAUUUUACUUCCGGAUGUACCUCGGCGUGGUGCUGUACGGCGCGUCACACGGUCUGAUCCUGCUGCCCGUGGUACUCAGCUUUGUCGGCCCGCCGUUGAAUCGGUCCUUGCUGCGCCAGCGCCAGGAGCGCCAGAGCCAUCUAUCGGAGACAAAGCACGAAGCCGGCUCGUCAGCGCAGCUCGAGAACUAUUUCUAACAAAGUUCGGCGAAUGACCGCCCCCGUCCGCAAGCUGCCCACACAAAUCGCCGCCCGACUGCCUGCAACAGCAUUUGAGAAGCGUCACCGAUGUUACCUGCUCCGACCCGAGCCGAGCACGCACACGUGCGGCACCGCUGCCACGCCGCCCCUCUGAUGCGCGGUGCGGUGCGGGCCGUGAUCUGACCGGAUGACGCGCGGCACCGCUGCCACGCCGUCCCUCUGAUGUGCGGUGCGGUGCGGGCUGUGGUCUGACCGGAUGACGUGCGGCACCGCUGCCACGCCGUCCCCUGAUGUGCGGUGCGGGCUGUGGUCUGAUCGGAUGACGUGCGGCACCGCUGCCUCGCCGCCCCUCUGAUGUGCGGUGCGGUGCGGGCUGUGGUCUGGUCGGAUGACGUGCGGCACCGCUGCCUCGCCGUUCCCUGAUGUGCGGUGCGGGCUGUGGUCUGAUCGGAUGACGCAAUGGUCCAGCUCCGCUGGCCGUGUCCCGCUGCCCUGUCCCGCUGCCGGGAGCAUGGGGCGAGUACUGUGCUCUGCAGUACUCCCCUGCGGGGCGCUGGGGCCACCCUGGACAUAGUGGUACUGGUCGGACGCCCUAUUGUGGUGUUGAGAACAUCUUGCCACGCCGGGCGGAUCGAUUCAACAUCCAGGAGAAAUUGUAAACAACGGGUAUUGCCUCGUAAGAGCGCAGUGAAUGUAGCUGCGCGUACACCAGUAUAUAGAAGAAGGCUGCACAAAUACGACUGAGCCAUACGA